CCCCCUUCCACACCACCACAACCCACCACACAACCACCCCUCCCCACACUCACCUCUGACACGCCACCUCCCACGCCCAUGCCACAGCCCACACAGCACCCACACACACCACCCACACUACCACCUCUUCUCACACUAGCUUCCUCGACACCUUUAACCCUGCCCUCUACACCACCCAACCUCUCCACGCCCACAUCACCUCCCACCACGCCCACGCUAGCAUCACCACCCACCACGCCCACGCUAGCAUCACUCCCCACCACGCCCACGCUAGCAUCACCACCCACCACGCCCACGCCAACGUCACCCACCGUGGGAGAGCAGCAGGACACGCCCAUGACCACUCUAGCGGAGGUGGGCAUCGAUCUCCUAAUGGUGAUGGAGACCAGGAUUCCUGACCUCUUCGACCCGGAGAUAACAGAGAUCCUCAAGAAACCUUAUCUGGAGCGCGUAAGGUUCGCCAACUUGGAGAUGGUGCACAAGAUCCUGCAGGCCCCGCCCCUGGAGGAGGACAAGUGCCCCUUGGUGACCCUUGAGCGUCGCCUCCUGCACCUCAGGAGGGUGCUCGGACUGCUGCUCCUGGUCCUGCCUCAGUCUCUCCACGAACUCACUGAAGCUCUUUGGAAUGACGACCUCCAGAAUAAUUUCUUCCGUCAGGAGAGUGAGAAGAACAUCUUGGACGUCUCGUCGUGUCGGGAGUGCUACAUCAAGGACCCACUGGGGGUGUGUCGACAAGUCUUCUACUGCAAGUUCGGCGCUGACGUCUCCAGGAGGACUAUGCCCUCAUCUCCCGACAUCUUAAGCAUACUUAAUGGCUGAAGCCCGCUCGUCUGCUUCCUCCUUGGGGCCUCUGUACGUCUCUGGUUCAGCAUCUUCUGUGCAUCUCAUGCUGGACGUCUUCUAAACGUCUCUGGCUCAGCAUCUGAUACACUCUCUAUCUUGAGUUCUUCUCGUGUACAUUAUUUAUUUAUUUUACUACUGUUUUGUAUAGAUAUCGCCCAGAAAUAAUGACCAAGCCUGGCCUCAAGUCAUAUAUAUACUGUUCACCAAGGCUGAAUGUGAUCUUACGGGCUAUUCAUGCCCGUGCCACCUCUUGGGUGGCUUAAUCUUUAUCAAUCAAUCAAUCUGUGUCAUUCCACUAUCCAGCAACAACGGCUACACUUGGUACUGGUAUCCGCCAGGGGGGGGGGUCAGUGGAAAGUUGCAGGUGUUAUCUUGAGGUUAUCUUGAGAUGAUUUCGGGGCUUUAGUGUCCCCGCGGCCCGGUCCUCGACCAGGCCUCCACCCCCAGGAAGCAGCCCG